AUGGGUCUUGCACAAAACAAACUCGUCAAUCUUUUCUUCAAGGUUGAUCAGAAGAGAGGCUCAUCCAAGGUGGGUAUCACCGUUGGGUUCUUUUCUGCUUUUGCUGGUAUUUUGUACGGGUAUGAUACUGGUACUAUUUCCGGUAUCAUGGCCAUGGACUACGUCUUGGAACGUUUCCCAAAAGACAAAACUGCCAUGGCUUUUUCUUCCUCCGAACACUCUUUGAUCGUGUCUAUUUUAUCUCUUGGUACUUUCUUCGGUGCUUUGCUUGGCUCCUUCUUUGCUGACAGAAUUGGUCGUCGUAUGACUAUCAUCUUGUCCACCCUCAUUGUCUUCAACAUUGGUAUUAUUUUGCAAACUGCUGCCACCAGCAUUCCAUUAUUGUGUGCCGGUAGAGCUAUUGGUGGUUUAGGUGUCGGUUUGAUUUCUUCUUGUAUUCCAUUAUACCAAGCUGAAUGUACUCCAAAGUGGAUCAGAGGUGCUUUGAUUGCCUCUUAUCAAUGGGCUAUUACUCUCGGUUUAUUGCUUGCUUCUUGUGUUAACCAAGGUACUCACAACCGUAAAGACAGUGGCUCCUACAGAAUCCCAAUUGCUCUUCAAUUUGCUUGGGCCCUUAUCUUGGGUUGUGGUUUGAUUUUCUUACCAGAAUCACCAAGAUUUUUUGUCAAGAGGGGGGAUACUGAUAAGGCCCUUGAAUCCUUGGCUGUUUUGCACAGCUUGCCAGUCGAUGAUCCAAUCAUCCUUGAAGAAUAUAACGAAAUCAAGGCUAACUACGAAUACGAAUUGGCUCAAGGUUCUGCUACUUGGGUUGAUGUUUUCAGAACAAGAAACAGCCAAUUGAAGAAGCUUAUUACCGCUUGUUUCUUGCAAGGUUUGCAACAAUUGACUGGUAUUAACUUUAUCUUUUACUACGGUACCACUUUCUUCCAAAGUUCUGGUAUUUCUAACUCGUUCUUGAUUUCUUUGGCUACCAACAUUGUCAACUUUGGUAUGUCUGUUCCAGGGGUUCUUUUAGUCGAACUUGUCGGUAGAAGAAACUUGUUGUUGGGUGGUUCGAUUGGUAUGUGUGUCUCUGAUUUUAUCAUUGCCAUUGUUGGUGUUGCUUCGAACUCUGGUUCUGCUAAUAAGGUCCUUGUUGCCUUCACCUGUUUCUUUAUCGCCUUCUUUGCUGCUUCUUGGGGUCCAAUCUGUUGGGUUGUCACCGGUGAAAUCUUCCCAUUGGCGGUCAGAGCCAAGUCCAUUGCAUUAGCCACCGCUUCUAAUUGGCUUUGGAAUUUUGGUAUUGCUUAUGCUACCCCAUACUUGGUUGAUUCCGGUCCUGGUAACGCCGACUUGGGUUCCAAUGUCUUUUUCAUCUGGGGUGGUUGUAACUUGUUGGGUUUGUUCUUUGUGUGGGCUUUGGUUUACGAAACUAAGGGUUUGACUUUGGAAGAAAUUGAAGAAAUGUAUAACGUUGUCCCAUUGGCCUGGAGAUCCCAAGGCUUCAUUCCUACCGGAAAAGAAUUAUACGCUACUCAAGAACAAAUCAACAUUAGUGAAAAGAUUUCUGAGUCUCAAAAGGAAGAUGUCACUGAAAAUGACAGUGAUAAAGCUUAA